CAAGAGUUCCUGAAGUCAGAGAACAGAUCAGAGAAGAAACUCUCUGAGAUCCACUGCUCAGCUCUGGCCUACAUGCUGCAGAUGUCAGAGGAGGUUCUGGAUGAGUUGGGACCUGAAGAAGUUCAACACAUCAUGGGAGGGACGGCAGAGACUGAUUCCAGCUGUGAGGAACUGCAGAAAGGCUCAAUUUUCUGACUGUGAACUCUCAGAGAGUCACUGUGAAGUUGUGGCCUCAGCUCUGAAGUCCAACCCCUCCCAUCUGAAAGAGUUGGACAUGAGUUACAACAACUUCCUGCAGGAUUCAGGAGUGAAGCAGCUGUGUGAUGGACUGAAGAGUCCAAACUGUAGACUGGAGACUCUGAGAUUGAAGGGCUGCAGGUUGUCAAAGACCAGCCGUGAUUCUCUGGUCUCAGCUCUGAAGUCCAACCCCUCCCAUCUGAAACAUCUGGACCUGAGUGAAAACAACCUGAGGGGUUCAGACUGUCAGAUAGGGGGUGUUGAGGUGAGAACCGAGGUGCAGGACAAAUGA